CGGAAACAUUGAGCAUUCCGUCGGCAUCGGAUGAGCGACCUUCGGCGCCAAGUCCUGCAAGUGUACAAGGCGUGCCUGGUUUCUGCAGCCAAGUGCCCACAGCACAUUCACCGCGAGACCAUGCGUGCCUACGUCCGCUUGAAGUUUCGUGAAAAGAUGCAUGUUCGAGAUACGCAAGCACUCAAUAUCCUCCUCCAGGAUGCCAAGGAAGAACUCGAGCGCAUGGACUACUACCACUCGAUGUACCGCGCUGGCCAAGCGAACAAAGCCACAGUAUUCAACCGUAGCGCGCCUGUGUUAGCUCCGACAUGCCCCAAUUGCAACCACACGUUCGAGUCCCAGUUGAUGCGGUUCUGCGCCAUGUGUGGCGUGAAGCGGCCGACGCUCGCCUCGUAGCCUCCCCACACGAUAGAUUGUAUCAUACACAUGUGGCGUGAGAAUUGAUUGAGAUUUUUUUUAC